UUUUGAUGCAUAUUGUUGGCAGCUGUCACAUGCCGUUUAUCUGUCGGUUGUCACAACAUUUAACAAUCUCUUCGAAAACACGAUUAUUUGCAUCCAAAGUUUUCGCGGUCUUUGCUUAGGCUGUAUAAUUUUGUGGAGACUAUCGUUGUAAUUAUCAUUUCUCGAAUGAUUUCACACACGUGUAGUGCCUUGCAUAUCGAGAACGUGGUGCUCUUGUAGGAGAAGUUUUGCUGAUAAAAAUGCUCUUCAAGUAAUGAGUGCUGCGUUCAACUGAAAUAAACAUUAGUGAUAAGAAAACGAUGGCUUCUGAAAUCAAUACACCAGUACCAAUGGAUGCGCACGGUACGGCAAAGGGAACAAACAGUUCCACGGAUCAAGAUCGCGAUCACCCUCGAACGGAUGAUACGUGCCAGGAAAAGUUUCACAAGGUGUUAAACGCGUUUCUCAACCGAGGCUUUAAGAUCAACAAUGAUGUCUAUCUGGAAAUGAUUAUCAGUCACCUGUCCGGCAAGUAUUGUGAGGAACAUCGCAAGCUGGUGAAAUCUCCGGAAGUUUUCCAAUGGCUAGAAACAAUGCUGCAGCAGUGGGAAAGUGAUCGUCCACCAGCUACAGAUAUUGGCGCCUUCACACUUCAGCUGCUGGGAAUGAUCGUGGAGAAUGAGUGGGAUUUUUCACGCAUUCAAAACGGCAGCCGUAUGUUGGAUCGUUUCCAGGAGUGUAUUCAGCGUAACGGAAAGAUGCAAAAUCCUUCCAUCAAACUUGGCCAUGUGCUGGUGCUGAAAGCCAUCUCUCGUCAUGCCAUGGGGAUGGCUUGGAUAAAGCAGUCCGGUUCUUGGCGGAUCUGUCUAGAUUACUACAAUGGGUAUCAGACGAUCUACAUAACACGCGAAACAUCACUGUUUAUUUACGAAGUCUUGGAACGCUUUUGUGCAAUGGGGGAUUAUGAGCAGGUAAAGGAAAUCGUUCGUACCAUCUUAUCGCCACUGAUAGAUUGUGUGUGGAAAAGCCCCGAACAAGACGAUGCAGUACUAGUGAACGAUUAUAAUUCGCAAAAAAUUAUUUCCCCACUGCUGAACUUAAUGCAAACGCUGUUUCGGAAAAUUAUCGAGUCGAAACAACGUACACGGGUGGCGUACUUCAUUCUUUACACGUACAAAUUCGAGCGAAAUCUCUGGAAAUUUACUGACACCAUGCAUGACCACACGUACUUGGCCAAAAUUUGGCAAACGCACAUUUUUGCCAACUGUGCCCGGUUGUGCACGAUGGAAAUUCCGCCAGAGGAUACGUUCGCCGUAGAUCUGACCUUCGAUCGAUACACCAUAAACUUUCUGAACUACGUCAACUUUUCCAUCAGACGCGGUAACGUCCAGAACGUGAUGCUGAUGGCCGAAACACAUCACGCUUUAUGGCGCAUUCUUGGUGAUCGUGCUCCGGAGGAGGUGGUGUUGAAGAAUCAAAGCAUUCGUUUCGGUGAUCAAAUAUUGCUGCUGCAGCUCUUUCCCGUCGUGUAUGAAAUGCAAUGCUUUGCCACGAAAGAUUUGCCGGAUUACAUUGAAAAGUUUUGCACACAGCUUUACGACAUCGCUUGCGAGUUUACUAUCCGGCUAAUUUACGCUUGCCGGGACAUUUUCCAGGCAUACAACUUGAAUGUGACCGAGCUGGCGUGCAAAUCCAUUCAAGGUAUUGUGACUACUCACAAGCUACCGCGCCCAAGGGCGGUUAUUGCGUUUCAAGCAUUCGUAUACUUGCUGAAAGAGUUCCUUCCCGAUAUGUGUUGCUCGGUCGAGGGAGAACGAAGGGUCUUCGGUAAGGCAGAUCUAAUGCUGAGCAAGCCCAAUCUCCUAUCGGCGAUAAUUAAUGGACUAAUGUCGUUGAUCGAAAAUUUUAAAAUCACUUGGAAAGAGUGCAUCGAAUCAACGGCGAUCGUCAAUUUUAUGCUGAACUUGCUUGCCAAUCCCAAUCUUCCUCCCAGGUUGGUUGUACUUGCGCUGAAGCUCACGCAAACCUCUAUCGAACACUUUUUGGCACCGAAUCUUGCUCUGCUGAUGGAUAACAUUUCCGGCUCGGGACUAGAACACGUCGGUCACAUAAUAUACAAACGGCUGCACGAUCUUAGCUGGGAGGCGAGAGAUUCGGCCCUUGAGCUGCUUGCAUCGAUCGUCACUAUUUCGGAAAUCAAAUUUCCCGCUUUUCAAAAGCACAUUCUCGAUUGUGAUAUCAUCCCGGUGGUGGAAGCUGCGGCCAAGAACGACACCGAAGCGUAUGUCCGUGCUUCGGCCCUUCGCUGUCUGACACUUAUGGUAAAGAUUCGUUUGCUGUGGGACCAUUCCCUAUCGAAACUGUCUUUAAUGAAUCACCUGAUCGAUGUGAUCGACAAUGAAAGUGAAGGUGUGGUUCGCCGUGAAGCAGUGAAUACGGUGAGGGAAAUUUAUGCUAACCACAAAAUCCAACCACAAUGCUUGGAUAGUGUAUUUUCGGUGCUGGCACAUGCGGCCGCGAACGAUCUGUACUGGGAAGUAAAGAUCAAUGCGCUUCAGUUUUGGCGCCUUGUUAUGUGUCGACAAUUUCAGCAUCAAGGCAUGAUCGACGGUACCUUUCCGGCCGUAACCUUCUCGAAGGAGCAUAAGAAAAUCGUUACACUUACCGAUCGCGAAAUUCAAACACGCCUCAUGAAGGUACUUAAUGAGCUUUCAUUGCGAGGGUGCCUUGGUGUAGUGCUCGCCUGCCUUGGAGACGAUUGCGAUCUUGGAGUGGUCAAGGAAACGAUAGCAAUCAUAAACAAAUUGAUGUCACACUUGAACAAGUAUAACUUCCUGGACUACUACCACGUUCUAUCGGGAACCGGAUCUUCUACGAAUUCGUCGGGUACGAAAGGUGAAUCUUCGGCAACUGUUUCUUCGCCAAAUUCCACGAUGCAAGGUUUGGCUGUCAGUCCCACUUCACAACACGCCCCCUUUACGUCCGGGAGACUAUCUGUUAUCGAUACAAACUACUCGGAAGUAAAACCUCCUGAACGAUCGUCAAUGGAAAUGAAUGCGUCACAAAAUCCGAUCCAACCUCCGUUUGAACAGGGUACGGGGGUAACAUCCAUGGGGAAACAAAGCUCUAGCGGGACAGGUGUAAUACCUCCUAGACAACAGCGUAGAAAUGAUGCGGAUUACAAUAGUGGUAACGUUGCUUGUAGCGGCGCCAAUGCGGAUGAAAUAAUUGAUUCUAUCGUAAACCUUAACGAUAUGAAUUUAUUGUCGGUGACUUACAACCCACACAUGACGACCGUAGCGACAGCAUACGGUCGCCAAACGGGGGACGAUUGUGGUUGCGAUGAAACACUUCGGCAUGCCGACCUUUUCCGACAGUAUGCUUCGGUUAGUGCGGUCGAGUUUUUGACUCGCGUACAAACCCUUGAUCUGUCUUCGAUCGUGGCAAGUCGACAGCAAUGGCUGGAGAAUACGGAAAGUUUCGGAUCCCUUUUGGACGAUGUUUUGUUUUCGUAUUACGCGGCCGAAGUUAAUGAUGCGGACUGUUACUAAAGGUGCUAACCAUCCAUCCAAUCUAUUGUUGUAUAUUAUUAUUCAUGCUUAACACCGAUAAUGAAAUGGUCCAGAAAAAUA